CACCGGGAAAUUUAAAUCGCGCCGGCCGGCAGCACGAGGCACAAAGUCUGAGGUCUGAAGGGCCGUAGACGUUUCGACAGCCGCCGAUCCGCAGCCGGAGAGCCCCCGCACCGACUUUUCUGGAGGUCUGAGCCGGCUCUACAGCUUUACUCAUUGUUCCUGAAACCAUGUCCACCAACGAGAAUGCUAAUUCACCAGCUGCCCGACUUAACAGAUUCAAGAACAAGGGCAGAGACAGCACAGAAAUGCGCCGCCGCCGAAUAGAAGUUAAUGUGGAACUUAGGAAAGCUAAAAAAGAUGACCAGAUGCUGAAAAGGAGAAACGUCAGCUCGUUUCCUGAUGAUGCUACUUCUCCACUACAGGAAAACCGAAACAAUCAGGGUACUGUAAAUUGGUCUGUUGAGGACAUUGUUAAAGGCAUAAACAGCAACAAUCUGGAAAGCCAGCUCCAAGCUACUCAAGCUGCUCGGAAACUGCUUUCUAGAGAGAAACAGCCUCCGAUAGACAAUAUCAUCCGGGCUGGUUUGAUCCCAAAAUUUGUGUCCUUCUUGGGCAAAACUGAUUGUAGUCCCAUUCAGUUUGAAUCUGCUUGGGCACUCACCAACAUUGCUUCUGGAACAUCUGAACAGACCAAAGCUGUGGUGGAUGGAGGUGCUAUCCCAGCAUUUAUUUCUCUCUUGGCAUCUCCCCAUGCUCACAUCAGCGAGCAAGCUGUAUGGGCUCUUGGAAACAUUGCAGGUGAUGGGUCAGUCUUCCGAGACUUAGUUAUCAAGCAUGGUGCAAUUGACCCACUGUUGGCACUUCUUGCAGUUCCUGAUCUGUCAUCCUUGGCAUGUGGUUACUUACGCAAUCUUACCUGGACGCUUUCAAACCUUUGUCGGAACAAGAACCCUGCACCCCCCUUAGACGCCGUUGAGCAGAUUCUUCCUACUUUAGUGCGACUCCUGCACCACAGUGAUCCAGAAGUAUUAGCAGACUCCUGCUGGGCUAUUUCCUACCUGACUGAUGGUCCAAACGAGCGCAUUGAGAUGGUUGUGAAGAAAGGAGUGGUUCCCCAACUUGUGAAGCUUCUAGGAGCUACUGAGUUGCCCAUUGUGACUCCCGCACUAAGAGCCAUAGGGAAUAUUGUCACUGGGACAGAUGAACAGACUCAGAAAUUUAAGGCUGCGGAGAAACUAGGUGAGACAGAAAAACUCAGUAUAAUGAUUGAAGAGUGUGGAGGCUUGGAUAAAAUUGAAGCACUACAGAGCCAUGAAAAUGAGUCUGUAUACAAGGCCUCAUUAAACUUAAUUGAGAAGUACUUCUCAGUGGAGGAAGAGGAAGAUCAAAAUGUGGUGCCAGAAACUACCUCUGAAGCAUUCGCCUUCCAAGUUCAGGAUGGAGCUCCCGGGACCUUUAACUUCUAAUGUCCAGCCAAGGCACAAAGUAGUUAGCUAUGUGCUGUGCUAGUCUAUGUUCUCAUAAAUUUGUCCUACUGUUUCUCUACUAAGAACUCUUUUUAAAUGUGGUUUGUUAUUGUAGCACUUUUUACAAAAAAACUAUACUUGAACAGUUGUAAACUGUACAUACUCUAUGAAGCUGUCCUCUGAGUUCAUUUCUAUGUGGAAUUUCGUACCCUGUCGUGUCCUGUAAAUAAAGAUUAAGUUCCAUUCUUUAA